AUGGCUGCUCCUCGAGAGAUCACCAUGGAAAACCUCAACGGCCAAUGGGUCCUAAACAAGGACCUCACCAGCGAAACAGAUCCUAUUUUAAAAUUGCAAAAAGUCCCUUGGUGGAUCCGCAAGGCAUUCGGACUCGCAACAAUUUACCUUCAAAUCUCUCAAUUCCAAGCAGCUUCCGAAACAAGUUCACUAUCGACACACAUCGAUUUCACGCAAACAGCCAGUGCCGGCCUAGCCGCAACCAAAGAAGAUCGCGUCUUGGAUUGGAAGAUGUCAGACCACGAGGACUACUUCUUCGGCAAGGUCCAAGGACAGAGUGAAUUCGUUCGUGGUGUCACUGAUGCGGAUGGAAUCGUUAGGCCUGGCUUUGAGCUACAGAUGGCCAAUGCCAAUGCGGAGAUAAAGAAGUACUUGCGAGGGGAAAUUGAAGCGGAUGGGAGGAAAUCUGCGGGGUUUAUCGUGGAGGAUUGGAAUCGGAGGUCGGAAGAAGAUCCUGGGCUUUGGGUACAUACCUUUGAGAGGAAUGUUAAGUCUGGAUGGACAGCGGAGCAGGCAAGUGAUUCAAUCGUUUUUCGUGAUGAUGGAUUGCAUGGGGUUAAAAGUCACAUCCGAAGCUGA